AUUAAUAGUUGGGUGGGCACGGGGCACACGCCGUACACGCCGAUCUGUGAAGUGUCUAGAACACAAAUAAUUGAACUCAGAUCCAAGGUAACAUAAAAUCCCCUGAUAAACUUCAUCAUUUGUUACAAACAAAACAGAGACUCAUCACUCUUUUUUCCAUUUUUUGAGUACCCAAAAACAUGGUUCACAAGCACAUCCUCCUGUUCACAUACCCAGCCCAAGGCACAAUCAACCCCUCAAUCCAAUUCGCCAAACAGCUCAUAAAAUUGGGUGUCAAGGUCACCAUAAUCACAAGCCUCUCUGCCCAUCGUCGCAUGCCCAAAACCACCACAACCCCACCAGGUUUAAACUUUGUUUCCUUCUCCGAUGGCUACGAUGAUGGUCUCAAACCCGGUGAUGACUAUCAACAAUUCCUCUCUGGGCUCAAGAACCAGGGUGCCGAAACUCUAACCCAACUCAUCACUUCCAGCGCCGAACAAGGUAACCCUGUCACAGGUGUGGUCUACACCAUGCUUCAAAUAUGGGCAGCCAAAGUGGCUCAAUCCUUUCACAUCCCAUCCACACUUCUUUGGACUCAACCAGCAGCCCUUUUCCGUAUCUACUUUCAUUACUUCAAUGACUAUGGCGAUUCCAUUAAAAACAUUUUCAACGAUCCAUCGUCGUUGUCAGUUGAAUUACCACUGCUGCCACGGCUGACUAGCCGUGACCUUCCCUCCAUUCUUCUUCCUGCAGACUCAGACUCGAUUAACCGUUUAUUGCUGACAUUUAAAGAACAGAUACAUACACUUGAAGCAGAAGCUAAACCAAAAAUUUUGGUAAACAGCUUCGAUGCAUUAGAGCCAGAAGCCUUAAGAGCUAUUGAUAGGCUCAAAUUGAUUGCAAUUGGCCCAUUAGUCCCAUCAGCAUUCUUGGAUGGAAAAGAUCCCUCUGAUACUUGUUUUGGUGCUGACCUGUUCCGAAAAUCAAGAGAUUAUGUUGAAUGGUUGGAUUUGAACCCAGAAUCAUCCGUUGUUUAUGUAUCGUUUGGAACUAUGGCAGUAAUAUCAAAGAAACAAAGAGAGGAGGUUGCCUGGGGGUUGCUGGAAUGCCAUCGGCCAUUCUUGUGGGUUAUGAGGGCUACAAAAAAUGGUGAGAAAGAAGAAGAUGAACUAAGCUGCAGAGAAGAACUCGAACAAUUGGGGAUGAUAGUGCCUUGGUGUUCUCAAUUGGAGGUUCUUUCACACCCUUCUUUGGGAUGCUUUGUUACUCAUUGUGGGUGGAAUUCUUCAUUGGAAGGUUUGAUAUCUGGUGUUCCAAUGGUGGGUUUCCCACAGUUUGUUGAUCAGCCAACAAAUGCAAAACUUAUAGAAGAUGUAUUCAAGACUGGAGUGAGAGUGAUAGCGAAUGAAGAUGGAAUAGUGGAAGGUGAGGAGAUCAAGAGGUGCAUAGAAGUGAUUAUGGGAGGUGGGGAGAAAGGGCAAGAAAUGUACAAAAUGGCCAAGAAAUGGAGGGAAUUGGCAAAGGAAGCGGCAAAGGAAGGUGGGUCUUUAGACAUGAACCUUAGGGCUUUCGUUGAUGAGGUUUAAGAAGGUUUAUAGGAUGAGUCUUUUCAUGAUAAGUUGUGUAAAUCUAAUGAUAGGGAUUUGUUAGGACUUGGUUUCGGCAAAUUCGAUUUUAUACACACUUGUUUCAGUUGUAAUGUUGUUUUCAUUUGAAUGUGUAUUUAUCUUAGUCCAUAUAUACAUGCACUUGUGUGCGUAAACCCC